AUGAACUAUCCCACCCUUGAAGACGCGAUUGGCAAAACGCCUCUGGUCGCGCUGCAACGCAUCCAUGCCGCCGAGAACGCCGCACGCGGUAAUGUGAUCCUCGGCAAGCUUGAAGGCAACAACCCCGCCGGCUCGGUGAAAGACAGGCCGGCGCUCUCGAUGAUCAAGCGGGCCGAGGAGCGUGGCGACAUCAAGCCGGGCGACACGCUGAUUGAAGCCACUUCGGGCAAUACGGGUAUUGCCCUAGCCAUGGCGGCCGCGAUCAAGGGCUACAAGAUGGUUUUGAUCAUGCCGGAGGACCUGAGCAUCGAGCGGGCCCAGACCAUGAAGGCUUUUGGCGCCGAACUGAUCCUGACGCCCAAAAGCGCGGGCAUUGAAUACUCGCGCGACCUGGCCGACCAGAUGCAGAAAGAGGGCAAGGGCCGGGUGCUGGACCAGUUCGCGAAUGCCGACAAUCCGCGCAUCCAUUACGAGACCACUGGGCCCGAAAUAUGGACAGAUACGUCAGGCAAGGUGACACAUUUUGUCAGCGCCAUGGGCACGACGGGCACGAUUACCGGGGUUUCGCGCUACCUGAAAGAGAAAAACCCGGCCAUCAGGGUGAUUGGCGCCCAGCCCAGCGAGGGUUCGCGCAUCCCCGGAAUCCGCAAAUGGCCGCAGGAAUACCUGCCCAAGAUUUAUGACCCGCGCCAGGUCGAUGAGCUGGUGCUGGUGAGCCAGGCCGAUGCCGAAGACAUGUGCCGGCGCAUGGCGCGCGAGGAAGGCAUCUUUGCCGGGAUCUCGGCCGCGGGCGCCCUCUGGGUGGCGCAGGAGAUCGCCAAGACCGUCCAGAACGCGGUGAUCGUGUUUGUGGUCUGCGACCGGGGCGACCGUUACCUGUCGACCGGCGUGUUUCCGGCUUGA